CCGUCCGCCCGUGGCGCCGCUAACGCCUUCGCACCUCCGUCUGAAGCGGCCGAGGCACCGGCACGGCUCUCCCCUGCUCUCCGUCUUCCUCGGCGGCGCUCGGCACGGCGGCUCGCGACGCCCCGGCGCGGAUGCGGUGGGUGCCGGACGCGGUCCCCGUCCCGCCCGCGGCCGCGCCGCCGCCUGACGCCGCUGUGCUCUCCCCUCGCAGGCAGCCCCCCGGCGAGUGCGAGAUGGCGCUCAGUGGUACGCUCCUGCCCUCCAUCGCCACCUUCGCGGCGGGCGCCGCGGGCCGCGAGAAGGCGGCGCGGCUCGCGGGCCCCGGCAACCGCUGGCGGGAGGAGCUGUCGCAGCUGAAGCGGCCGCCGCCGCCGCCGCGAUCCACGGAAUCGUCGGAGCCGUCGGAGCUGGAGGCCGCCGCCCCCCUGGGGCCCCGCCGCGACGCCGAGGAGUUCAACGAGCUGCUGGACUUCGACUUCAUCCUCUCCAACUCGCUCAUGCACCAGGAGCCCGCCGCCGCCGUGGUGGUGGCCCCCGCCGCCAGCCCCUGCCCCGCCGGGCCCUUCGCCUACCCGCUGCCCCGGCCCGAGCCCACCGGCCUCCUCUACGGCGGCAGCCGCGACGCGGGUCCUGCCGCACCCUUCAACUUGGCCGACAUCACCGACGUGUCCCCUUCGGGAGGCUUCGUGGCCGAGCUGAUGCGCCCCGACCUGGACCCGGUGUAUUUGCCGGCGGCUCCGCCGCCCCUGGGCAGCCUGCAGGGCAAGUUCGUGGUGAAAGCCGUGGGCGAGUACAACCAGCCGGGGCUCAGCCCCAAGAGCGGACCUCCGCCCGCCGCCCCGCCGCCCGGCACCGAGGGCCCUGGAGCGCCCCCCUACAGCCCGCUGCCGCGGAUGUGCCCAAAAAUCAAGCAGGAGGCAGCACCGCCGUGUGCCCUGGCCCCGCCGCCGCACGGGAGUGGCCCGCGAGGAGCACCCCAGCACGACUUCUCCCUGGGGCGCCCGCUGCCCGCCCGGACGACGCCUUCAAUGGGGCCCGAGGAGAUGCUGAGCGGCAGAGACUGUCUCCCUGCUGCCCCAGGGCUGAGCCACCCGCCGCUGCCUCCGCCUCCGGGGUACCCGUCGGCCACUGGUUACCCUGCCUUCUUGCCUGAGCAGCUGCCGCCUGGCACGCUCCAGUACCAAGAGCUGAUGCCGCCGGGGAGCUGCCUGCCGGAGGAGACCAAGCCCAAGAGGGGACGCCGGUCAUGGCCUAGGAAAAGGACAGCCACACACACUUGUGACUACGCAGGCUGCGGCAAAACCUACACCAAGAGCUCUCAUCUCAAGGCGCAUCUGAGAACCCACACAGGUGAGAAACCUUAUCACUGUGACUGGGAAGGCUGUGGAUGGAAGUUUGCCCGAUCUGAUGAACUUACUCGCCACUACAGAAAACACACAGGCCACCGCCCUUUCCAGUGCCAGCGGUGUGACAGAGCAUUUUCCAGGUCGGACCACCUUGCCUUACACAUGAAGAGACACUUUUAAUUGGAAGCAGUGGAUCUUUCCCUAACUGCCGCAGAGAUUCAGUAUUUACAGCCCAAGGACUGUCCUUCCACAAGACAAAGAGAACACCGUUUAAGCGCUACAGAGGUGAAGUUUUCCAAAGAGUGGAAAAGCGGGAUAAUUGCAUACAGACUUUGCAACAUAUAUAUAUAUAUAUAUAUAUAUAUAUAUAUAUGCAUUUAGAAGAAAAGAGAACCAAAAACAUUGGGGUCAAUGACUGGAUCUUCUAUCAUUCCAUUUGUAAAUCCAACUUGAAUUAUUUCUGGACUACAAAAUGCCAUGGAGUGACUGGAAGUCACAGAUAUCAGGGUUAAACAGACUUAUGUGCGAUUUGGAGGGUGGGGAUAUUACACAGGGAAAUUACAUUCCCUUAAUUUUCUUUCAAUGCAAUAUUAGAUGUAAAUGUCAUCUUGUACUUCUCUUUUUUUUUCCUUCUAAAAGCCAUUACAAUGUUAAGAGGAGGAAAAAUUCAGGUACAGAACUAUGUUUUAAAGGCCUAUUUCAUGGUGCUUAGUGACUGUUGGUUCUAGAGGUACCAAAAACAGGAAGCCAAAGUUCUCAAACUGCUGCAUAUCUGACAAGGAACUAUUUUUGUCUUCCGAUUGCCAUUUAUGACCUAAAUCAGUUGAAUAAAUCUGGUUUAUCAUUGUUUUUUAAAGAAAAUAACUUUAUGCAGACAGUCUGUAAUGCACUGUGGUUUCUAUGUGCAAUAGUUUGUACAAUGGUUUAUUCCCAAAUAUGCCUUAAGCAGAACAAAUGUUUUCUAUAUAGUUCUUUACAUAAUAAAUAUGUAAUAUAAAUUUAAGCAAACUUUUAUUUUGUAUAUUUGUAAACUGCGAAGUGUUGGAAUUUGUAUUUUGCAUAUUCAAGUGGAAAAUAAGUUUUAAAUAAACCUAUAAUAUUUUAUCUGAA